AUGUAUGCCCCGGGAGCUGGCUUCGUUAUGGAAGAUUUCCACUUCACAAGUCAUGUUGUUGCCUCUCUCACCAUCUCUCUUUUCGUGCUCGGCUUCGCGUUUGGCCCUCUCAUCUGGGCGCCCCUUUCAGAGCUCUACGGUCGUCUGCCCAUUUACAGCAUCUCUACCACUAUGUUCUUGGCAUUCCUCCUCGGGAGCGCCUUUGCGACGAAUGUGGGCGCAUUUAUGGCCUUCCGGUUCAUCAGCGGAUGUUGUGGCGCUGCCGGUCUGGCCAUGAGUGGAGUAGGACCAACGAUUGGACCCAUCAUGGGCGGCUUCAUUGCGGAGAGGGCCGGUUGGCGAUGGGUGUUCCGCAUCCUCUCCAUUGCGACUGGCAUUUUCAUGCUCGUGGGUGUCGUGUUUCUCCGCGAGACCUACGGCCCAGUCAUUCUCCGCCGGAGGGAGGCCCGGCGCUGCAAGGAGAGAGGCGAAGACAAUGUAAAUGCGGUACCGGCCGUGAAGUUCAAGUUUGACCGGAGCAUUCUGCGUCCACUGAAGCUACUCUUCCUUUCUCCCAUUGUCUUCGCAAUCUCGAUAUACGCUGCAUACUGUUUCGGCCUGCUGUUUCUCCUCUUCACUACCUUCUCCACGGUCUUCAUGGGGCAGUACGGGUGGUCUGUGGAGAUGUCCGGUUUGUCGUAUAUUGGUAUGGGACUGGGCAUGUUCAGCGCUGUUGUUAUACAGGCAUUGGUGGGCGACAAGAUGAUGAAGUGGCUAGAGACUAGGAACGGCCGGUCCAAGCCUGAGGACCGGCUACCGCUCAUGGCCGCUUUUGCGCCAACUAUUCCAAUCGGGAUGUUCUGGUAUGGAUGGGCGGCCGACAAGCAGACUCACUGGAUCGUGCCCAUCAUUGGCACUUUCAACAUAGGUAUUGGCUUUGUCUUCACCUUGAUGCCGUCAAUGGUGUACCUUGUUGACUGCUUUGGCGCUGAGGCUGCGGCAUCCGCCCUGGCCGCAAACACUCUCCUCCGGUCUAUUGGCGGUGCCUUCUUGCCCUUGGCUGGACCACCUCUAUACAACUCGCUUGGUCUCGGAUGGGGCAAUAGCUUAUUGGGAUUUCUGGCAGUGGCCAUGCUGCCUAUUCCGUGGGUCUUCUUCCUCUAUGGAGAGAAGAUCAGACUGAGUCGCAAAGUCAAGCUGUGA